AUGAAGCCAUCAUGCAGGACACGAGGGCACCUCAAUGCUGGACGGUCAACAUGCCGGCUGUCACGCAGAUCUAUUUCUCUGGCAGUCCUCAUGAGCGCAGCGUUGUGCAUGACCCGGUCGCAACAGCAGCUUUUUAGCUUGAUCUCGGGCAGCCACAAGCCAGCCAAAAUGGCACCGCUCGCAGAAGCAGGCCGGCGAGCUUGGCUGCUGGCUCUUGCCCCGGCUGCCGCGCAGGCGGCAAUUCCGAUGAUGGAGGAGUUCUAUGAGGGAAACGGAGCAAAGAUCUCUCUGACGAAGGAGGAGGUCGAGGCAAACCGGUUCGCUGUGCAGACGGCAUGGUUCCAGCAAAAAGGCUUGUCCUUGUCGGCUGCGGCUGAUGCUGCAUUGGCCUCGCUCGGGGGUGUCGAGAGCAUGCUGAAGCAGGGAGAUUUCGAUGGAGUCAGGAACCUUCUCGUCUCUCCAUCGGUAGGUUCCAUAGGGAUCGUGCUUUCGCCAUCGAGAGUGGGCGGCCAGCCUUUUGGUGCAUGGGCGGACCAAUGCAAGAACAGUAAAGUGUGUGACUCCUCCCUGGUGAUUGCGCGGGGAACCCUGCAGCAGCUCGAGGAGUGGUGCUUCACAAAGCGAGCGUUCUAUUUUAAUUCCGCCGACAAAGCACAGGUGGAGUCUCGGAAGGAGACGGGCGCAGCUUUACAGAAAAUCACGGAAAGCUUGGAGGAUCCUCUAGACUUUCUGGAGCAGGCCGCUGGAAAGUCAAGGGCGAUCUUGUUCGCAGCGACGCCAAAAGGUGAUGCAGAGCCGCGGAGCAACUGUCUGGACGAUCACGCCGCACUGGAAAGCCGAAGCGACUCGCAGAUCUCGCAGCCCGAGCUCGUAGAGGUCUUUAGAAACUUCCAGAUGGGAUCCGCCGGAAGCCGAUGCCUUAUACCGCCUGGUAAAAGGAUGCCGAACAAGGAGAAGCUGGCGAAGAAGAGCAAGUACUUCAACAAGCUCAUCGACCUGUGCGUCAACACUCCCAAUGCCCUCCUUGUAGGUGUGGACCAUGUGGCCUCCAAGCAGAUGCAGGACAUUCGCAUGGACCUCCGCGGCCGUGCCAUCGUUCUCAUGGGCAAGAACACGAUGAUCCGCAAAGCCCUCGAGAUCGGCCAUGAGCAGCACCCGGAGGCCGGCCUUGACAAGCUGCGAGCGGCAAUCCAGGGAAACCGUGGCUUCAUCUUCGCAACGAACUGCACUUUGGACGACAUCCGAGAAUGCCUGGCAAAGCACACGCGCCAGUCAGCCGCCAAAGCUGGGCAGACCUCCAUUGUCGACUGGUUCAUCCCUUCUGGACCCACCGGCAUGGACCCCUCCCAGACGGCCUUCUUCCAGGCUCUGAACAUCGGUACGAAGAUCGUGAAGGGACAGAUCGAGCUGGUCUCGGAUUUCAAGAUCCUGGCAAAUGGAGAGAAGGUGUCUGCAAGUGGAGCGGUCCUGCUCGGAAAGUUGGGCAUCCGACCCUUCGAGUACAAGAUCGAGGUGCUGGAAGUCUUCCAGGAUGCCGCGGUCUUCAGCGCCGCUGUGCUGGACAUGUCCGAGCAGCAGCUGAUUACAAAGUUCUUGGCAGGCGUUGCAAAUAUGGCGGCCUUCAGCCGCGAGGUUGGCAUUCCCACGGAGGCAGGCCUGCCUCAUGCGUUCGGCAACGCCUUCCGUAACGUCGCCUCCCUCAUUGCCGACAUCGACUUCACUUUCAAGGAGGUCGAGGAAGUGAAGCAGUUCCUGGCGGAUCCCGAGGCGUACGCCGCAGCCAACCCGGUGGCCGCGGCUGGCCCUGCCACUGGCGCACCAGCAGAAGCCAAGAAGGAGGAGAAGAAGGCCGCGGUGGAGGAGGAAGAGGAAGAGGAGAUGGCAUGGCAUAGAGCAAGCAUGUGGCCGACUCUUACUGUGCUGCUGAGUUGCUUCCGCAGCGAUUGGCUGUCAAUAGAAAGACCUAGCUGUGAGGAGAUGGACUUCGACCUCUUCGGCUAA